AUGCAGUACUCACUCGUACUGCUUCUCGCCGCGCAGGCAAGUGCCUUUCACAUGGCCUCAGCCUCACCAACGCCCUCGUCGUCGGCACCAGCAUCAUUGGCAUACUCAUCCUCAGCAACCCCAUCACCAUCCGAGUCGGCACUCUAUGAAAUCCCCUACCACUGGUACUCAAUGCUACCGCAAUCAUCAGGCUCAUUGACAAAAGUAGCCUCAUCAAGCCCCUACGUCAAAAGCGGAAGCGCCAGCGCGACUCCAAGCCCAAGCGGGGACCAAGACGCAGACCUAGUCUCAACACCCUACAGCGCAAGUGCUAGCGCGACUCCAAGCCCAAGUGCAGACCAAGAAACAGACGUAGCCUCAACACCCUACAGUUCAGGCCCAGGGGCAACUCCCUCCACGGCAGAAGAGCGUUUCGUAAACCACGGUGUGGCACCCGCGCACCCGCAUGAAGGCUUCCAAACGAGUCCUAAGCGCUUUAGCUCUGGAACUGGAGGCGCUGUUGCAAAGGGAUACCCGCACGGCACGAACAUCGCGCCCAUCGACCCCAUGACACCGGGUAUUGAAGUUGCGCCUGUUAGUAUUGAGAAGCCGCAUGGGAAGGACGAGGGGAAUUCGUUUUGUAUGGGGACUUGUUUUGAGAGUGCGAGAGAAGCUGCGUGUCCUGGUCCUUAUCAAACGGCCCUUUAUCAGGGCAAGGGAUGCUGGGAGUGUUGUUUUACAUCGCCUGGUUUCUAG